AUGCAAAAGAACAAAUUAACCCCAACUUACAUGUGCUUAUUCUGUUGCACGAACACGUGUGUGCAUGUAUUAUUCAUUUCCGUUAAUAGCAAUUUUGUCGUGCGCGAUAUAACAAUUUUUAUAGUUAUUCUUAGUGCAACAAACGCGAUAAUUAAUAACUGGGUGAUGGUCAUUGCUUUGUCUUUUUUUUUGUUUCUUUACAUUAUAUUGGUCAUUGUUAUAUUUAAUAACUAUAGAAAGACAUACGCCCCAAACAAUUUAUGUUUAAAUUGCAACCAAUUAUUCAAAGUUAUCUUAAAUUUUAAAAUAAAAUUACAAUUCAAGAAUCUCUGA